AUGAUUCCGCUGAAACUCACUUUACGGUUCGGCACAAUCUGGAUGCUGAUUCUAUGUCUCUACGUUCAAGGCACUCUGGCACUAUGCGAGUGUGGCUAUCGUGUUCACUAUGGGGGCGAUGCAGCCCAAUAUCCCAGGACUAUCCUCUAUACCGAAGCCUUACACGUCAACUUUCGCGCGCUGCACGACUUCGCUGACUCGAAGGACUGGAAAAUCAAGUACGUCCGCUUCAAUUAUGACCCAAGUAGCGGUCGUUACGGGAAGCGGGUGGCAGCGGAAAACAUUGUGCCAAACCCAGUCGCAAACCCCAAUCAAGGAUGGGACAGCGCUUCAAAGCAAGGCCCUGACGUCGAUUCCGGCCUGCAACUUAUAGUACGCUCCCAGAUUACGAACGGCCUAGUAAGUGUAGCGCAGAUACAAUCGAAAAGGGAUGACGCGCAGUUCGGAAGCUUUCGAACUUUCAUGAAGACAACAUCGAUCUCUGGUACUUGCGCGAGCCACUUCUGGUACAAUAGCGACUCCAAAGAAAUCGACAUGGAAAUGCUGUCACGUCAACAAGGAGUCAAGCAAAGCAACCCUUACCCGGCAAAUCUGGUUGUGCACAGCGACGCGAGUGUCGCCGACGGCAAUGACGCGAGAAACACGGCUGGCUUCAUCGAAGGCAAGAUGGGCGUCGUACCGUCCGAUGGGUUUCAUGAGUAUCGGUACGAUUGGAGCGAGAACCUCGUCAGCUUUUAUCUUGACGGGAGUUGGAUGGGAGACUUGAAUCAAUCCGUACCAGCAGUUCCGGGAGUCUUUCAAAUAAGUCACUGGAGCGAUGGAAAUCCGAACUGGACGGCAGGGCCGCCUGCACAGGAUGCUAUAUUGACUGUCGCAUAUUUCAUGGGUUACUUCAACUCGACAGAUGCAAAGCGCAACCGAGAAUACAAUGCGUUGUGUGGCGGAGGCCAGGGCGACGACAAGAUAUGUGAUGUGCCAGACUACAAGGGAAUGGCGAAUUCAGGAGGCAAAGGGCCUAUGUUUGUUGGAGUGUCUCAAAACGAGACCGGAGAACGGCAUAAUAGCGCGUCACAGUUCAAGGGCAGCGUAGCUACACCGUUGGUCAUUUUUUGUGCUAUUAUUGCCAUAUUCAUAGCAAUGUAG